ACAGAGUAUAUAAGCAAACAGGAUUUCGUAGCUGAGGUCCUAGGUUUUGAUAAUUAGACUUAGGUUACGUCGUAUGUACCAAAAAUAAAUGAUAAAGGAUUAGAUGCAACAUGAAUGAACCUUGUCAAUAAUUACGUGAUGUAUUUAUGAAGUACUGAAUUUUUAAUUUUAGUGAUAAGAUAUAAAUUUGAUAAAUUCAAAUAGAAAAAAAAUUAAUGAAUCUUUGAAUAAAUCACUUUUAGAAUGCAAUUUUGUGCAAUUAGGGAAAAAAAUCCCUUUAACUAACAUUUUAUGCUAAAAGGAAAUUGUAAAAACGUGUUUGAAGCUCUAAAAAUGAACCCCAAAUCACACAAAUGGACAUAUCUUCAGUUGGCAUUACUGUUGGUUCAAUCUAUUUGUACAAUCCUCACUGAAAAAUCAUGUGAACACUACGACCACCAGACGAAACUAUUACUAAAUAUAUAAAAUCUCGAGAAUCACUUUCCAAGAAAAACUGCAUCAUUUUAGGGAUAUCAUCUUGAAUUCAAGAGCAGAAAAGUAAGGACGGCAGCGUGCUUAAUAUGCUGUGCAGAACUUACGUUUCUGUUCUCUCCUCAGUCUUCACUGCUAACUUUAGUUAAGUUUAGUUUUGACUUGAGGUUAUUGGUAGUUGAGUUAGCUUCUGUUAUUGCUGCCUGGGCAAUAAGUUGUACACAUGUAUGGCUUAAAUGUGACUGUCAAUCCAAGUUUAAAAAAAAGCCACAACAGUUCCUUGAAUGACAAUUUCAAAUCGACAGCAGAAUUCCCUCCUUUCCCCUGUUUUGUUUUCUUCUCAGUUCCCAUGCAUCUGCUUUGUUCUUUUGCUUUGUGAUCAUACAUCAGUAACCAGCUAGAAACAAAAGCAGUCAAGAACAAGCUGUGUAUAUUUGUUUGUCUAUAAUCAUGCCUGCAGCUUCCAAAAAUGUCUACUUGGAAUAGUUUUGAAUGUGAACUAUAGAGGCUGCAAUUUUAAAGACUGACAAAAGAAUUAUUAAAGUUUGUAUAGAUUGUACUUAACAUGGGGCAUAAUUAUGUCUGAAAACUGGACUUUGGACGAAGCUUGAGUUCCCAGCAUAUGUCCUGUCUGUUUUAUGCUUCGGAUUCAUCUUUAGUUUGAGAAAAUUGGAUAUGAUGGCUGCUCGGUCAAAAGGAUGGCGGUUGAUAUUGACAGAAAUAACAUUGAUUGGUUUUCUUGCUGUGGAUUUAGUGCUUGUUACAGCAGAACUAAGUCUGAGAAAUGAAGUUUCAGGUUAUAAUGAGACUCAAGAGAACAACUAUGUUCGGAAAUCAUUGAAGUUGUUAGAGCAGAACAAUAAACCGCGUUAUGAACAUGAAUGGCCUGACCUGAGAUUUGGCUGGAAAAUUGUGGUGGGUUCAAUACUUGGAUUCCUUGGUGCAGCGUUUGGGAGUGUUGGAGGUGUAGGUGGAGGCGGUAUAUUUGUUCCCAUGCUUGCCUUGGUUAUUGGGUUUGAUCCCAAAUCAUCUACAGCAAUAUCAAAAUGUAAGAAUAAUCCAAUUUCCACCGUUGACAACAUCUAG